AUGCUCCCACCACACUAUCGACCAGCCCCUUACAUGCCAAGAGGAUACGUGACACCAUAUGCCCCUAUGCCAACAUAUGCUCCUCCGCCGCCACCACUCCCUCCUCCUCCUCCACCUCCAUACCAUCAACCGUUGCCAGGAGCAGGUUAUGUACAGCCGGGAUAUAGGCCACCUGUAAAUGAUUGCUGUGGACGCUGUGCUGCCGUGUGUGGGCCGAGAGGUAGAAGGAGCUUUAACCUAGACUUUCGUCCAUCUCAGGUGCUCGCAAAAUCGGCGAAGACGGUCAAAGCCGGUGGCAAGGAUCCUAACUCAACUUUGGAUGCAGAGCAGAAAGAUCAACGAUGUUCAAGCAAAGAGCUCAAAGAAGUUAUGAGCAAGAUUUCAUACCGAUCGCCAUCAGUGGCCAAGCGACUAAUUCAAAGAAUCGCAGAAGAAAAAUUUGGGGGUUACUUCUCCGUGUUUUGCUCCGCGGACGACUUCACCUAUGUGUCUCGAGGAGAGAUGUACUGCCAGACAGAGAAUGAGGGUGUCGUAUGUUACGCCUUCCGACAUCACUGA